GUCGUUUGUUUAAUGGCGACCUCAACAACAGGCAUUUGAGUCAGAGUAUGAUAAGAGAAAUAAUUUCUACAUCUCUAAAUACUGUUUGGGUUUCGCCUAACUGAGUGUAAUAAUUACACUCCUCUGCAAAACUUUGUUUUGACUAUCCGAAUUGUGGUCAGUUAACUGGCCACUUUUAAAUUUAACAUCAGUACAAUAAUGAGAAAAUCGAUAGCGAUUAAGGCGAUCCUGAUCGAUGUUGAAAAGUGAGCAGUCUAGAGCGAAGGUUCGCAUCCUCCUCGCGUCGGAUACCUGUGCCAGUGCGCGCCACGAGCCCAAGUCCCGCCGCGCGGCAUGUAAUCUCCGCCCCUGCUCGCUUUUACCCAAAUCUGGCGCGCUGCGUUGCUGAGGUUUCCCAUGAAAAACCUACGUCAUCGGCAGAGAUGCUGAGAGGUAGAAACAGCGUUUUUUUUUUCUCUGCCCUCCCUCCACCUUUUUUUUUAUUCUGGAUCCUAUAUAAAGAGCCAGCACGCUCCGCUCAUAGCACUUUUGCGGAUAUUGAAACACGAAUCCUGGAGUUCAAUAACUACACUGACAGAGCCCUCACAACUCGAAGCGAAGUGCUCAGAACUUACCAUAAGUUUACACUAAAUGUGUCAGGUUCAAAUUGUGAUGGAGUAGACGUUGAAACACAACGUUACUCAACACAACAGUCGAAAACCCAAACCCUGAACCGACGACGCCUUAAAGAGGACUUAAACUCGAGAAAUGUUACGAUCGACAAAGGGGGCUUCGAAGGCUCGGAGGGACCAAAUAAAUGCGGAGAUUCGUAACCUGAAAGAACUUUUGCCCAUCUCCGAUGCAGACAAGGCGCGGAUCUCCUACCUCCACAUCAUGUCACUCGCCUGCAUGUACACCAGAAAGUCCGUCUUCUUCUCUCAAGAUAUGUCCAUAUCGGCGCGUCACGAGGAGAGAAGGAGCGGGAGCCUGUUGUCCUUAGACGAACUGUCGGAGUUGAUGAACUCGCUGCCAGGAUUCCUUCUACUCAUCUCGAGUGAGGGAAAACUUCUCUAUCUGUCAGACAACGUCGCGGAGCAUCUCGGACACUCUAUGGUUGAUCUGGUAUCCCAGAGUGACAGUGUGUUUGACAUCAUCGAUCCGAAUGACCAUUUUAUCCUGAGAAGUAAUCUCGUGCCGACAACAACAACAGAUACAGACCGUCUUUUCCGCUGCCGGUUCAACACCUCCAAGUUCAUCCGGCGACAGGGCGCUGGGAACAAGCUGACGUUGGUGCGCGCGCGUUGCCUGUCUCUCCCGACCUCCGCCUCGCCCUACUGGUCCUCAAACCCCGUGUGGAUGUGUUCGUGCUCACCGCUGGAACCCCGGACUCCGUACCCCGCCUCGUCCAUGAAUCCUCUGCUCACGCCGCCUCCCGACCAAUCUUUCUUCCUGGCUUGCUUCCACUCGAGACACGCGCGAGACAUGAAACUGCUGGACGCACAUGACAGACGUGAUUACGUGUUUACGUGUUUAAGUCACUGGUCAGUUGAAUGGUUAAGAGGUUGUAUCUUUCUAUACUUAUCCGUUAUUUCUGUUUAUUUUGGCAGCAUCAGUGUUUACCUGGGAUAUGACGUAGGGACUCUGCGCUCACGCUCCUGGUACAGCCUGCUUCAUCCCAGAGAUCUGUCCCAUGCCUCAGAAAAACAUUGCGCUCUGUUGCGGGAGUCCCGAGAGCGGCGCGUGGAGAUGGUGGUGCGGGUGGAGGCGUUGGGGGGCUCCUGGGUGUGGCUCUUCAUGGUGCUGCAGCUGGAGACGGGGGACCAGCCAAUCAGUUGCCUCAACUACGUCAUCAGUGAGUCUGAGGCCUGGUCUGUGCGACAACAGCUGUGUUUGGAGCAGAACCAGUUGACGUUGUACCUGGGUGGCAGUGGUGGUGCCCCCUACCCCGACUCCCUGGGCCUGCCGUGCCAGUCGGACCCACUGGCCAGCCCAGACCAGGUGUUCACGCCCAGCAGCAGCGGGCUCUCGGCCCAGUCCUUCGACUUCAACCUGCCCACCUCCAGCCAGAGCUCCUCAGACGAGCUGGGCGGCGCUGGGCCUCUUGACCCCCGCCACCCGCACUGCCCCCCCCAGCAGCAGCAGCACCUCCUCCUCCACCCUCAGGAGGGCUUCGCCCAGCUGGGGCAGUGGAGCGGGCACACAGGCCCCCUCCAGGCCAAACUCGAGUCCUCCACCUCCUCUGUCUCCUCUCCGCCCUUCCACCCAAACAUGCACCUUCCCCCUCUCCACCCCCUGUCCCCCCUGGCCAUGCCCACCCCCCAGCUGAAGGGGGAGCUUGAGUGCACGCCCCCCUACACCCCUCGUUUCGGGGGCGUCAGCAGCUUCCUGUUCGGGGAUGAGCAGUUUGGCUUCGACGCAUUCGCUGCGGGGGCGAGUGCCACUGCUCUGGCUGGGUCAGGUCUACCUGUUACCAGGGUUACCUCUGCCAGCUGUGCCCAGCCCCUGACUACCCCUCACCUGGGGCUGCCUCUCCCCCCUGAGGCUGCCCGCCAGAAGCCUCAUUACGGGAAGCUCCCCCUUGAGCACAAAAUGGCCGCCAGCGUCGAGUACACGACCAUGGCUCUGCCCGAGAUCCGGGGGCCGCUGUAUGUUGACGUGUCCCAUGGGCACUACCCAGCGCUCCCCGAGGGGCUUCUGACCCCCGAGGCGUCCCCCACCAAACAGUCCUUCACACCCACCUUCUUCCCCAAGAGUGGGCGGGAGAAGGAGAUCGAGAGGCUGGAGAUCUCUCUGCUGGCCCAGUACAUCAGUGCGGUGGCCGAAGGUUUCUAUGACAACCCUCUCCACCCAAAGCCCUCUGACCCCCGCCACCCUGUGGCCCCCCAGCAGUCUCACCAGAACGAGCCUGUGCCCGCCGGUGAGCUGUACCCCGCUAACGCGUGGGCCGCCAUGGACUUCCAACCUGUCCCAGAAGAAUCCUCUCUGUUCGAAGAGAGCAUCGUAGUGGACAUGUCUCCCUCUUCCCCAAACCCACUCACAUCCUCCUCCUCCUCCUCCUCCUCCUCCCCCUUCUCCCCCUUCUCCUCUUCCUCCUCCUGCUAUAUGCAGUGCUCCCCCCCUGCUCCUGAGAACUGGCCCUCCCCCUGCCAGUCUCAGGUAGCUCAGUCCCCUAUUGGUGAAUACCACUUCAGUAGCGUCCAAUCGGCGCGUUGUAACCACCCAGUUGGGGGCGGACUACUAGGACCAGGCCUGGGGGAGGAGGGUGAGGCCUUCAGUGGGAUGGACCUGGAGAUGGAGGAGGUAGAGGCAUCCAUGCUGCCCACCUCACAGUCCUUCAGUAUCCCAGCAUCCCCUGAGUCGGCUCUCCCUCCUCCCACCGGCACCACCGCACUUCCUGCUCCGGCUCCCGCCCCCGGACCGUCCUGCGCCCAGUCCCUCCUGGAGGAACUGGUGGCCAUGGAAACAGUGUUUGUGGCUGAUGCCCUGAUGCCCCCUGCAGUGGGGCAACAUCCUGAGUUGUAUCAACUCCCUCUCAACAGUUCCCCAUAUGGCAUCUACCCAGGUGAGCAUCCACACAAACACAGGGACCUCCACAGGCCCAGGCCCCAUCUGCAAGCGGCCUCCACUGAGGGGCUCGAUGUGGAAGUGGUCAGGGCCUCCACUGAGGGGGUCGAUGUGGAAGUGGUCAGGGCCUCCACUGAGGGGGUCGAUGUGGAAGUGAUCAGGGCCUCCAAGCACCUGGGGCUGCUGCUGGAGCACAGACUGGACUGGGGACGCAGCAUCAAGAAGAGGGACGCUUUGCGGCUGGACAGGCAGGGGAGGAGAGCUGGCUCUGUGGUUGACACGGAGCUGGAUUCCCUUAUGUCAGUGGCAGAGAGAAGGAUCCUAUAUAAACUGAUGUCGGUCAUGGACAAUGGCUGUCACUAG